UGAAAGAACUUUUCAAAUAUACUUUUGUUUGCCGGAUUGUUAAAGUUAAAAAGGAAAAAAAAGAAAAAAAAAAAAAGAAACAUAAAAUCACAACUCUUUUCGUUAUGCAUUUGUCCAGAACAAGCUCAUAUCUGCUUUGAAGAUAAAUGGCACAAAGCACAACUGUGCCCAAGUUUGGCAACUGGGAAAAUGAAGAGAAUGUGCCGUACACAGUCUAUUUUGAGAAGGCAAGGAAGGGUAGGAGCCAAGGAAAAAUGAAUCGAAUUGAGUCUCAAGAAAACUCUGAUAGUUUCAAUACCAAGAAGCCUCCAAUUCAAGCCUCUUCCUUCCAAAUGGGGCAAGAAGGGACUGAUUUGAGGUCAACUGAUUCUUCAUUGCACCAUAGUUUCAAUGCCAAUGAUGCUGGCCACAGAGAUAGUCCAAAACCAUUAAAGCAAAAGCAUGAUCAUAAAAGAGGUGGUCGCCGUGAUACUGGUGCUCGGAGAGUGGCUGUAGACUCACUUAAUCACCAUAAAAGGGGUAUGCAGAGGAGUGCAGUCUCUGACCUCAGCAUUGAACAUUCACCCAACCGGACAAAGGUUGGAGGGAAAGGUAAUGGACUGUCUUCACUGUCAUGGGAAAGAAAUGGUUCAUCCGAUGGCACCCACGGCCAAGCUCCCAUGACUCCUGGAACGUCCCGAUUGAGAUCAGCCACUCAAGCUGAUGAUACUCCGGAUGGCAGUGCUGCUGUUCCGAAAUUCGGGGAUUGGGAUGAGACUAACCCUGCAUCAGCUGAUGGGUACACUCAUAUUUUCAACAGAGUGCGCCAAGAGAGACAGGGUGGGGCAGCCAAGGUGCCAGUCCUACCAACUGAACGUUCUCAUUCUAAUGGACAGAAGAAGUAUGGCAAAGAAAAAUCCAAGCAGAGCUGCUGCUGCUUUCCAUGGUGAUUUUUUCCGGUGAUAUGUUCGAAUAGGAGUACACAAUACAAUACAUAUAGUUUGGCUUUCAGUUUUCAGUUUUCUGGUGAUGUGGUUGAGGGAAUAAUCAUCAUCAUCCGCUUUCAGUUUCACUGUUUUCCCUUUCUCUUAUAUCUAUAAUGUACCAUGCACUAUUUUUUGUUCCAUAGCGUCAAUGAAAUAAGAGAGUUCACAAUUAUUAACAGGCCUAAAA